AUGACAAUGAAGAGCUUCCACCUCCACAGCCACCACGAUGUGAUGCAGCCAACGAUUUUUUCGUUGACGUCUGUCCUCAUGGUCCCAGCAGCAGUGAAAAGAUCGCCAACGACAAACGAUCCAGGAAAUCUUUCCCCCGCUUUGUGGCAGCGAUUAUUGUCCAACGUGAAAACAGCAGCGCACAAGAAAUCAAUGUGGACCUCAAUUCCGAUAAUGCUACUAUGGUUGAUAUUCACGAUGCAGCCUCUGAGAGGGAUAAGGUUUCCUUUCGUAAUGAUCCUGUACUACUACUCCAUAGUCACUGGAUAG